AGUUUUCCGGGCGACGGUCCCGCGCAUUGGCAUUAUUCGAAAGAGAAGACCUACACUGCGACUUCAGGCGACAACAGAAUGUCUGAGCCGAUCAUUCUGUCCGACGGAGAAGACCACUAUGACCUCUCAACACCUUUCACAAGCCAUUCCAAGAAACGCCGUGCUGAUUCCGAUCCAAAUCGGACCAUUCUCAUCCUCGACGAUGAUCCGACCCCACAGAAGCCUGGUUCGUCGUCCACACCUUCUUUCGUUCCCGAGACUCCCUUCUCCGCUCCUUCCAAUUCCGAUCUCAAUUGUCAAAUGCACAAGAGCUUCAUGUGAUUCCGAUCCCCGCCAUAGGGCUUCAACUUCCGAACCUGACAUCACAGGAAUUAGCAAGUUGAUAUGUUUGGAAUCUGACAAUGAGUUGGAAAAUUCUGGAACGGACAAAGGGAAUGAGAUCAAAACCAGGGAUUCGUCUUUGGAUUUAUCAGGAGAUUCAAGAUGGACUUCAGAGUUUUUUGGUCCCAGAAGUUCUCCUGAGAUACAUGCAUCAUCUACCAGUGCUACUUUAACCAAAACGUCUGGGGACAACCCUCUUAACCCAACCUCUUCACCAAGGGAUAGUAAUCUGGUAAAUGACCAUCCUGGUAAGGAAAACAUUAGCGUGGACAUGGAGCAGGAAGAGAACAUUAAAAAAGUGAAAAGAUGCAAAAUUUCUGAAAAGAACGCAAGCAAGCCAGUGGGGCAAACAAAGAUAACAAGAGAAGAAAGAGCUCGUCUAAUGGAGGAGAAGAAACUAAAGAAAGAGCAAGAGAAGUUGAGAAAAGCAGCUCUAAAGGCUGAAGCAGCAGAGUUGAAAAAAAAUGAGAAAGAAAAGCAAAAAUGGGAAAAGGGGAAGUUUGCACUCAAGUCUAUUGUGGCUGAAAUUGACGCUAAAGUAGUUGAGUCAGGUUCAAUUGGAGGGCAUUUACUUACUAGGUUUGCUGAGAAAGGGCUUACAUACCAUAUAACUUCAAAUCCAAUUGAGAGGUCAAUUUUGUGGUCUAUGAAAGUUCCCGAGCAUAUUUCACAGCUUUUCACUGAAAGUGUGAAGAUUCCUUAUGUCUUACUUAUUCAUGAGUCAGACAAAUUUUGCGACCUAAUCACCAAUGAAUCUCUUUUGGAUCAUCUUUCUAGCGUUCAAAGUCUUUAUCCGACUUAUACAGUUUGUUACCUUACCAACAGGCUAAUGGCUUACAUUAAUAAAAGGGAACAGGAAAAGUACAAGAACCGAGAACAUAAUAGUUGUUGGAAGCGUCCACCUGUUGAGGAGGUGCUGGCAAAGUUAACAACUCAUUUCACUAAAGUACAUUCUAGACAGUGUGUAGAUGAAGCUGAACUGGCUGAACAUGUCGUUGGAUUGACAUGCAGCCUGGCAUCUUGCCAGUUUAGAAAGAAGUUGACUCGAUUGUCUGUAAAUGCAAAUGGGUCUCUUAUCCCAAAGGACACUCUUGACCGCAAUUUAAUCAAGAAAAAUGUGUGGCUAAAAGCUUUGGUUGCCAUCCCUAAGGUUCAGCCACGAUUUGCUAUUGCCAUUUCGAAGAAAUACCCGACCAUGAAGUCUCUGUUGAGUGUUUAUAUGGAUCCAAAUAAAUCCGAGCAUGAAAAGGAAUUUCUGCUUAAAGACCUGAAAACAGAAGGCUUAAUUGGUGGUGACAGAAGGCUAGGUGAAAUUUGUUCAAAGAGAGUAUACAGGAUUCUAAUGGCACAAAGGGGAAGCAUUAGAACAGACGAUGUCGAGGAUGGCGCUGACUUCUUCGGACGUCAAUCAUCCUGACGGCUUCUCAUUGUUGUACGUAAAUCGCUUUUUGACAAACUGUUUUUGAAUUUUGGACCGUUGGAAUGUAUUAUAUCAUUUCCAAGUUGCAUCAUAUCUACCUACCAAAAUAUUGUAGCAGAAUAUUUGGAAGAAAAAGGGAGAGAAAAUCAGGCAUCUUAGGGGC